CGGGGCGGCCGGCGGGAGCCCCCUCCUUCCUCCUCCUCCUCCCUACCCACCCACCCACCACCCACCGCCCCAACCCCACAUCCCGCAUCCCGCAUCCCGCCCUGUCGGGGACCCUGCUGCUCCCCGGGCUGGCCGAGCACCCCUCGGCACCCCCUCUCCGCACCCCUCUCCCAACCCCAGCCCUGCUUGGCCCGGAGGCCGGGGUGGGGAGGAAUCCGCCACCUCAACGCGGACACCGUCAAUUUUGGGGUGACUUUGCUUUUUUGCUUUUUUUUUUUUUUUUUUUUUUUUUUUUUUUUGGGCUGGGUUUUCUCCCCACGCCACCCUCUUCGCCCGCAAAGGUGCCCCCGCCAUCCUGCGGUGGCCGGAUGGUUUUUCUCCCCCCCGGCUCUGAACCGCAAGGCCGUCGCUGUUGGUGCUGCCCGUCUUCUCCCACCGCCGCUGGAUGCCAACGCCGGGGCCGGAUUCAGCCUCGGCGAGAAGGUCACGGUACCUCCAGCCCACCCUUUUCCUCCCUGCUGUCGCCAAGCCCGGCUCCGUGCCGUGGCCGUGGUGCGGCAGAGGGGACGUCGGCUGUAGAGGAAACCCACGCCCGGGGCGAGCAGAGAAAAUCCCCUGGGAGGUUUCGACUAUUUGGUUCGUCUUCUCCUGCAUGAGACAACCCCGGCUCUGCGGCUCCGCCGGGCUAUGGCCACGCAGUGAAGAUGUCCGUGGCCAGGCUCAACAGCGUCAAUGGCUUUCUGGAGGACGGCAGGAUGGAGGCAGGGGACAUGGGCAGGAUCCUCCGCUGCCUGGAGAUGGGCACCGUCCUUACCUUGUUCUAUCAGAAGAAGUCACAGAGGCCAGAGCGAAGGACCUUCCAGGUGAAGUUGGAGACCCGGCAGAUCAUCUGGAGCCGGACGCCCGAGAAGGUGGAGGGGGACAUCGACAUUCGGGAGAUCAAGGAGAUCCGCCUGGGAAAGAACUCGCGGGACUUCGAGCGCUACCCUGAGGACGCUCGCAAGCUUGACUUCACCAUGUGCUUCAUCAUCCUCUAUGGGAUGGACUUCAGGCUGCGGACACUCAGCGUGGCAGCUUUCUGCGAGGAGGACAUCAACCUGUGGAUAACGGGCCUCAACUGGCUGGUGGCGGACACCCAGAAAGCCCAGACCCCGCUGCAGAUUGAGAGGUGGCUGCGGAAACAGUUCGAUGGGAUGGACCGGUCACGGGAAGGCAGUAUCACGGUGAAGGACCUGAAGGCCAUGCUUCCCCAGGUGAACUACCGCGUCCCCAACAUGAGGUUCCUACGGGACAAGCUUGUGGAGGUGGAAGCCAGGAACGAGAUGACUUUCUCCCACUUCAUCCAGUUCUACAAAAACCUGAUGUUUGAUGCACAGAAGUCGGUCAUCGAGCAGCUGGAGCUCUCCUUCCCCCUGCGGAACGUGGACCGCCCCGAGCUGUGCCAAGUCUCCCUCUACGACUUCCAGAAGUUCCUGCUGCACGACCAGAAGGAACCCUGGGCCAGUGACGUGGGCAUGGUGCGGGACUACAUGUGCACCUACCUCAAGGAAGGCUCCAGUGAGGCGGCAGACCCCUCCUUCCAGCUGGAUGAGUUCCUCACGUACCUCUUCUCCAAGGAGAACAUGGUGAUGGAUGCCAAGUAUGAGCGUGUGGUGCCUGAGGAGAUGAACCACCCCCUGUCCCAGUACUGGAUCUCCUCUUCCCACAACACGUACCUGACAGGGGACCAGUUCUCUAGCGAGUCCUCCCUGGAGGCGUACGCCCGCUGCCUGCGCAUGGGCUGCCGCUGCAUCGAGCUGGACUGUUGGGAUGGCCCAGACGAUCUCCCUAUCAUCUACCAUGGCCACACACUCACCUCCAAGAUCAAGUUCCUGGAUGUGCUGCACACCAUUAAGGAGCAUGCAUUCGUCACCUCCGAGUUCCCCAUCAUCCUCUCCAUUGAAGACCACUGCAGCAUCGUCCAGCAGAGGAACAUGGCCUCCCACUUCAAGAAGGUCUUUGGGGACAUGCUACUCACCAAGCCGGUGGACAUCAAUGCCGAUGAGCUGCCCUCACCCACACAGCUCAAGAAGAAGAUCCUAAUCAAGCACAAGAAACUGGUUGAAGGGAACCUGUACGAGGAGGUCUCCACUGCCAGUUACUCAGAGAACGACAUCAGCAACUCCAUCAAGAAUGGCAUCCUCUACCUUGAAGAUCCCAUCGACCACACCUGGAGCCCCCAUUAUUUUGUCCUGACAAGCAACAAGAUCUACUACUCGGAGGAGACGUCCCGCUACCAGUUCAACGAGGAUGAGGAGGAGGUGGAGCAGAAGGAGGAGUUCAACAACAACGAGCUGCACUUCACGGAGAAGUGGUUCCACGGGAAGCUGGGAGGUGGCCGCGAUGGACGGCAGAUUGCUGAGAAGCUGCUGCAUGAGUACUGUACUGAGACGGGUGGCAAGGAUGGCACCUUCCUGGUGCGCGAGAGCGAGACCUUCGUGGGCGACUACACCCUCUCCUUCUGGAGGUCCAGCCGGGUGCAGCACUGUCGGAUCCACUCGCGGCAGGAGGCCGGUGCCACCAAGUUCUACCUGACGGACAACCUGGUCUUCGACAGCCUCUACAGCCUCAUCUGCCACUACCGCGAGGUGCCACUCCGCUGCAACGAGUUUGAGAUGCGCCUCACUGACCCCGUCCCCCAACCCAAUGCCCACGAGAGCAAAGAGUGGUACCAUGCCAGCUUGACGCGCCUACAGGCCGAGCACAUGCUGAUGCGGGUCCCACGGGAUGGAGCCUUCCUGGUGCGCAAGCGCAGUGAACCCAACUCCUAUGCCAUCUCCUUCCGGGCAGAGGGGAAGAUCAAGCACUGCCGCAUCCAGCAGGAAGGUCGGCUCUUCAUGCUGGGCAGCUCAGCUGAGUUCGAGAGCCUCGUGGACCUUGUCAGCUACUAUGAGAAGCACCCGCUUUACCGCAAGAUGAAGCUGCGCUACCCCAUCAAUGAGGAGACUCUGGAGAAGAUGGGCACCACCGAGCUAGACUAUGGAGCCCUGUAUGAGGUGCGGACCCCCCACUUCUAUGUAGAGGCCAACAAGAUGCCGAUGGCCAGGUGCACGGUGAAGGCUCUCUACGACUACAAAGCACAGCGGGAGGAUGAGCUGUCAUUCUGCAAGCAGGCCAUCAUCCACAACGUCGACAAGCAGGACGGCGGCUGGUGGCGGGGGGACUAUGGGGGCAAGAAGCAACUGUGGUUCCCGGCUAACUACGUGGAGGAGAUCGUCAGCACACAAGCGCAGGAGCAGGAUGAGGCCUCGUCGGAAAACAGCCCCUUGGGGAACUUCUUGAAGGGCUUCAUCGAUGUGCCGUCCUGCCACGUCGUUAUCUCCAAAGACGGGAGGAGCUCCAAACCAUUUGUCUUCACCAUCCAUUCCCAGCAGAUGUCCCACGCAGCCCAGUCGCUGGACGUGGCCGCAGACACGCAGGAGGAACUCAGCGAGUGGGUGGCCAAGAUCCGAGAGGCCACGCAGAACGCCGACGCCAGGAUGCAAGAGGGGAAGAUCAUGGAGCGAAGGAAGAAGAUUGCGCUGGAGCUCUCCGAGCUGGUUGUGUAUUGCCGCCCGGUGCCGUUUGAUGAGGACAAGAUUGGGACAGACAAGGCGUGCUACCGAGACAUGUCCUCCUUCCCGGAGACCAAGGCGGAGAAGUACGCCAACCGCAGCAAGGGCAAGAAGUUCCUGCAGUACAACCGGCGCCAGCUCAGCCGCAUCUACCCCAAAGGGCAGCGCCUGGACUCCUCCAACUAUGACCCGUUGCCCAUGUGGAUCUGUGGUAGCCAGCUUGUGGCCCUCAACUUCCAGACGCCCGACAAGCCAAUGCAGCUGAACCAGGCGCUCUUCAUGCUCGGUGGCCGCAGCGGCUACGUCCUGCAGCCUGACAUCAUGAGGGAUGAGACGUUCGACCCCUUCGACAAGAACAGUCUGAAGAUUGUGGAGCCCAUCACAGUGCAGCUGCAGAUCCUUGGUGCCCGGCACCUACCCAAGAACGGGAGGAGUAUCGUGUGCCCCUUCGUGGAGGUGGAGGUGUGCGGCUCCGAGUAUGACAACAGCAAGAACAAGACGGAUGUUGUAGCCGACAACGGCUUCAACCCCGUCUGGCUCUUCAAGCAGUUUGUCUUUGACAUCAACAACCCCGAGUUCGCCUUCCUCCGCUUCGUGGUGUAUGAGGAGGACAUGUUCAGUGACCCCAACUUCUUGGCACAAGCCACCUUCCCCGUCAAGGGCCUCAAAACAGGCUACCGGUCGGUGCCGUUGAAGAACAGCUACACCGAGGACCUGGAGCUUGCCGCCCUCCUCAUCCACAUUGAGAUCAUCAAUGCCAAGGAGGAAGAUGAGGAGAACCUCUACUCGUCCAUCCAGCAGCUACGGGACCGCGCCAGCGAGCUCUCCAGCCAAGUCUCCAGCUAUGAGCGCACCAACGGCUGUGACUCCCGCUACCAGCAGCGCCUCGACGAGCUGCGGGCAGCCCAGGAGCGGCUCAUGGAGCUCACCGAAGUCCGCAACCGCAAGUUGAUGGAGAAGAAGAAGAGGGACCGGCAGAUGGUCACCAAACGCAGCUGAGCUGGUUGAGUGCGAGCCCACCAUGGCCCCCCCCAGCCACCUCCUCUCCCGCUGCAAAGGGAGGUGGGGUGGCCGGAUCCAGACCCAACCACGGCUGGGGCUGGGUGAUAAAGGUGUGACAAAUCUGGGGACAAAAGGGGACUUCGGGUAGCUCUGCCUGUGACAUUUCUCCAUCGGGGCGAGGCAGGAGGUAGGGUGCUCCAAUGUAAAUCCCGGGCACCUCUGGCUUCGUCCCAUGUCCCCUGGGGUUGGUGGCUGCGACCCUGUCCCCAUGGGGUGGCCACCACGGCUCCUCUUCACCCCACAUCCUCUGUGUCCCACCACCCCAUGGCGGGGGGAGGGCUGCGAUGAUCCCCACAACCGAUGGGGAAACUGAGGCACAGAUGCCCAGACGGCCCAGGAUGGGGCAGGACCGGCCACCUCCAUCCUGGGGACAGGGCUGGCUGGCAGUGAGGCACCAGGAUGGGGACACAGGGGACACUCUGGGGGAGGGUGAGGGGGUCGUUUUGCCCCCCCGCUAUAAAUAUCUGUAUUUUCUUCUUUUAUCCAGCGUGUAAAUACGGCAGGGGGCGGGAGGGUUCUGUACCAGCUGCAGUAUUAGGGCACAGGGGGAGACCCCAAAAUGUCCGGAGAUGCCCCUGGCAUGGGCACGAGGGAACGGGGAACCAGGUCUAGGGGUGUCCCAUGGGGCAGGGUGGCCGGUGAUAGGGUGCCCUGAGCAGGUAUCAGGCAGACACGGGCACCGAGGUGUCCCCGGGAGAGGGACACAGGGAUGUCCCCGAGGUGACGCCGGCAUUGGCACCAAAACCUGGGAAUGGGGACAGAUCCUGCUGGUAAAGUCAACAGAGGUGGUGCCUGGGGAGGCGGUGGCUGGAGACAUCUCGGGGUGUCCUCUGGGGUUG